AUGCGCAACAGCAGCUCUGUGAGAGAGUUCCUCCUGCUGGCAUUUGCAGACACACGGGAGCUGCAGCUCCUGCACUUCGCGCUCUUCCUGGGCAUCUACCUGGCUGCCCUCCUGGGCAACACCCUCAUCCUCACUGCCGUAGCCUGUGACCACUGCCUCCACACCCCCAUGUACUUCUUCCUCUUCAACCUCACCCUCCUCGACCUGGGCUGCAUCUCCACCACUCUCCCGAAAGCCAUGGCCAAUGCCCUCUGGGACAACAGGGCCAUCUCCUAUCAAGGAUGUGCUGCACAAGUCCUCUUUUUUAUCUUCUUCUUUGGUUCAGAGUUUUCCCUUCUCACCAUCAUGGCCUAUGACCGCUACGUUGCCAUCUGCAAGCCCCUGCACUACGGGAGCCUGCUGGGCAGCAGAGCUUGUGCCCAGAUGGCAGCAGCUGCCUGGGGCAGUGGCUUUCUCAAUGCUGUCCUGCACAUGGCCAAUACAUUUUCCCUGCCCCUCUGCCAAGGCAAUGCUGUGGACCAGUUCUUCUGUGAAAUCCCCCAGAUCCUCAAGUUGUCCUGCCCAGAUGCCUACCUCAGGGAAGUUGGGGCACUUGUGUUUAGUGUUUCUUUAGUCCUUGGUUGCUUUGUUUUCAUUGUGGUUUCCUAUGGGCAGAUCUUUAAAACUGUUCUGAGGAUGCCCUCUCAGCAGGGUCGGCACAAAGCCUUUUCCACAUGCCUCCCUCACCUGGCUGUGGUCUCCCUCUUUCUCAGCACUGUCAUGGUUGCCUAUCUGAUGCCCCCCUCCGUCUCCUCCUCAUCCCUGGACCUUGUGGUGUCAUUUCUGUACUCGGUGGUGCCUCCAGCAGUGAACCCCCUCAUCUACAGUUUGAGGAACCAUAAGCUCCAGCAUGCCCUGUGGAAACUUAUGACUAGAUUUAUUUCAGAUGCAUGA